CCAAGGCUGUAAGUCCAUCGAUUCCCACCCCCCACCCCCACUAAACACACAAAUUUUAAAUUAUGGAGUUUCAAAAUACAGAUAUCAAAACAGGUAAUUAACUAAAUUAGCUGAAUAAAUAAAUGAUCGUGAAGCACGUGAACUCUCAUAAACUAGUUGAGUUGCGCACAUAACAUAUCAUAGUACUUCAAUUUAUAUGCAAUCGUAUUUAAAAAUUAAAAUAAUAAUAAUAAUAAAUCGGAGAAGUGAUAAAUGGGCCGCUUUUAAACUAAUGGGCUUGAAUAAGUAGUAUGGCGCAACUGGGCUACAGUUUACAACAUGGGCCAUACAGUAGUUCUGCGAUAAUGGCACUCUUGUAAUUUAUGCAGAGAACAGGGGUGAAUUCGUAUAUAUAUCAUAAAAUCGGGACGCCAAUAUAUAUACAUAUAUUUUUUUCUUUAAAGGACAAAAUCAUUAUUUUUUUAAUCUUAAUACAACUCAACUAGUUAACACUUAUCAUGGAUCAGUAUUCAAAUUCACAAACUAAAAAUUAAAAAUGGCAUACUCCUAAUUUCUGGUUUCUUUUUUGGCAAUUUAAGUUAAUAAAUCUAGGUCAAUAUUUAUUAUUUGUGAUAUUUUAUUUACAUAUUAAAAGAAAAAUAGCCUGUAUUGGUUGAUGGGUGUUUGUGUCUUUUCAACUGAGCACGCACUGAGUCUGAGUCAUGGGAAGGGUCCGGAUAUUGGUCAUCCACCUUGGGACCUCUCUCUGAAUCCGAUUGCGAAGCUGUCACGAGGUUUCUCAACUUGUCCAAUUUUGGGCGAAUUGAGUUGCUCUAAUCAUGCGGUCGAAAUUCAUCGAUGUUCAAAGAAAAACAUCCCCAAAAUCCCUUUUUCUGCGUCAAAAUUGUUUGCUUCUACGAAUGAAAGCCAGUUUGUGGGUUCUGAAUUACACAAAAAACCAAACAUUAGUAGAGAAGAAAAGUGUCCAUUGGCAGCAUUUCUCUGUUUGGGUUUGCAGGCAACCAAGCAAGUAGCAGCAGACCCCACACCCCCCGGUUUUUUCACACUCAACCAUGUGGUAAUGUAUAGCUAAAAAGAAAGGGAGUUUUGUCUGAAAAAUGGUGCUGAGAAGACUUGGCAGGAACAGAAGUUUCAACAGAGAGAAUCCAGAUAUUUUGAUUAUGAUGAUUGCAGUGGAUCAGAUAAUAAGAGGACAUGAGCAAGACAAAGGAGAUGGCACAGAGAGGAAGGGCAUGGGCCCUUUAAAGCCUGUAACAAAGAAAAUUCAGGACCACAGUCUACUUUUCAGAAGAUCAAGUGUGGGGCUUUCACGUUAAGUUUCUCAUCCUAUUUUGGAUGAUAAAGAUUUAUCAAGUGGAAGCUUAAACAGUUGGAAAAUGACUUGAUGAAUGCUCUCGGGUGGAUAUGGCUAAGCCCAAAUGACUUCACUUUCAGAACCCAGUCGAUAUGUCCAAUUAAUUUGACUGUAAUGAUCUGAGCCAUAUUGCAGCUGAAUUUCCUAUCCUUUUGACUCUGCGAGAAUCUAGAUGCUCUGUUCUUACUAGUACUGAUAUCUGAUCAGUUGGGGUUCUUAGUUUCUUCUCCAAUGUCGACUGCCCUGCAACAAAUCGAUCUGGGGGAUGCUUGUUCGAGUCCCUCUGGUAAUGCUGAGUUUCAUAAUCAGUUAGCAGGAGCAAUUCCUGUUACUUUUUUUCAAUCCACCUCUCUUACUCCAGUUAACGUUGUUUGUGAAAAUACAAAAGAUUCAGCAUUUCCAGACCGUCAUUUCCAGCCAUUAGAAACUUUUAGAACGUGCAUCAUACCCAGUACCUCUAAUGCUUUAAAUUCUUCAUUUGCAAGUUCUCUGAUCUGUGAAGGUGAUGAGUCUUUAUGUAACUUGAACAACAAGUGGGAAAGCCAGAGGUUUAACUGUAUUCAGCAACUUGCAAGGGAGAAUCCAGAAAGAUCAGAUUUUCAGACCAUCUCGUCUAUGGAAAAUCUGAAUCAAAAUGGCUGGAUGCCAUCUAAUACUAUGAACUCCAAGUUAUGGAAUGAGCUUUCUCUUAGUCUUGCCACAUCCAAUCCCGUCCUUAGUGGAGGAACCAAUUUUCUGGACCAGUAUUCACAGUUGACCUUUUCUGGUGCUACUCAGCCUUGCUUGAAUAGCACAGAAUUAGCCUCGAACCUGAAUUCGUGCAACUUCAGGGACCUCUGUCUAAGUUACAGAUGUGGUAGUCCUGUUCACCUCUCUCAAGCAAUAGCGGGAUCGAGAUAUCUCUCGGUCAUUCAGGACGUACUUUCUCAAAUUGCAAGCUAUCCACUAGAAAGUUCAGAACAAGAUAGGCAUUUAACAUCCACAGUUGGGUUUAUGCCAUUCUCAUCAAGUUUCCUGGAUGAUAAUACAGUUGAAUUCGGUUCUGAUGUAACUGGUAGAUGCAGUUCACAAAUUCAAAUGGAGAUUCAAUGGCAAAAACUAUCUGGUGAUGCCAAGAAAUCCCAUCUGUUGACUCUACUACAAUUGAUUGAUGAGAGGUACAGCCAAUGCUUGGACGAGAUUCAUACUGUUACAUCUGCAUUUCAUGCCGCCACUGAUUUGGACCCUCGCUUGCAUACUCGUUACACUCUCCAGACAAUCACUUCUGUUUAUAAAAACUUGAGGGAGAAAAUUACUGAUUGUAUUAUUGCUGUGGGGAUGCAUUCUGACACUAUGUGCACCAAGGAGAACGAGAAAACCUUCGAGGCAUCAUUCAUCCAGAAGCAGUGGGCUCUCCAGCAGUUGAAAAGGAAAGAUAGUCAAUUAUGGAGGCCACAGAGAGGCUUACCUGAAAAAUCUGUCUCAGUUCUAAGGGCAUGGAUGUUUCAGAACUUUCUCCAUCCGUACCCCAAGGACACAGAGAAGCAUUUACUUGCAGUAAAAAGUGGAUUAACCAGAAAUCAGGUUUCUAAUUGGUUCAUCAAUGCUCGUGUUCGGCUGUGGAAACCGAUGAUCGAAGAAAUGUAUGCUGAAAUGAGCAGAAGAAAAUCCAGUUAAAACUAGGAAGACCCAGAUAAGCAUCUGCAGCAAUUAGAUGUUAGCUUGAACUGUGAAUGAUUGAGCAUUAUAUAGUGAAUGAUUAGACAAGUUUAUCUCGGACUGAAUUCCAGCGUGGAUGUAACCACAGUGAACAUUCUAUAUAUUCUUUAAGGCAAUCGAAACAUUCAACCUGAAGAAUUUCUUUUGCUUC